CUCCGCUCCUAUAAGACUGGAGCGGUUCCAUCACCGUCGAUCGCGCCCGUCUCGAAGCCUUCCCCUCAUCCCGCUUGUACCGGCGGAGCAACGUAAUCUCUUUUGCCCUCGAUCAUCCGACGGUCCAGAUGGCGGGAAAGAUGAGCAAGAUCCUGAUCAUCGGCGGGACGGGGUACCUCGGUAAGUUUAUUGUGGGAGCUAGCGCGCGGUCUGGUCAUCCCACCUUCGUCCUGGUGAGAGAUACCGCCCCCUCCGACCAAGCCAAGGCCCAGCUCUUGAGGGCAUUCAAGAACUCCAGCGUCACCCUCCUCAAAGGGGAUUUAAAUGACCACGGGAGCUUGGUGGAGGCCAUGAAACAAGUGGACGUGGUAAUCUCAACGAUCGGGCCACGGCAGGUGUUGGACCAGUUUAAGAUCAUUGCUGCUAUUAAAGAAAUCGGAAUGAUUAAGAGGUUUUUGCCCUCGGAGUUUGGUUUAGAUGUUGAUCGCAUCCACACAGCGGAGCCUGCAUCGUCGGUGUUCGCUCUCAAGGCUCAAAUUCGUCGGGCCAUUGAGGCAGAAGGGAUCCCUUGCACCAUUGUGUGCUGCAACUGCUUCGCCGGAUAUUUUCUUCCAACGCUAGCACAGCCAGAACCUCCAAAAGACAAAGUUACAGUAUUAGGCGAUGGAAAUCCGAAGGCUGUCUUCCUUGCCGAAGAAGAUAUCGGCACGUAUACCAUCAAGACUGUAGAUGACCCGAGGACUUUGAACAAGAUUUUGUACGUGAAACCUCCUGCUAACAUCUGCUCCUUUAAUGAUCUUGUCUCCCUCUGGGAAAAGAAGACCGGCAAGACGUUGGAGAAGAUUUACCUUCCGGAAGAAGAGGUCUUGAAGAGGAUCCAGGAGGCUCCAUUCCCAUUGAACAUUCUGAUGGCAGUCAACUACUUGGUGUUUGUAAAGGGAGACACUGCUAAUAUUGAGAUCGAUCCAUCAUUUGGUGUGGAGGCUUCUGAGCUCUAUCCUGACGUAAAGUACACCAGUGUUCAAGAGUAUCUUAACCGUGUUAUCCAAUGAACCCACAAAACAUGCAAGUUGUCUUUGAGUUGAGGAAUUGGCCUGUUUGCAUCUUUGAAUUUUAAUAAUGUAAUAUCUUUAAUAAUAUAAGUGAUAUUUAUGUUGUUAUAAAUUCAAUAAAAGAUUUGUUGGGCUUAAACACUUGAUCUCAAAGUUGCAAAAUUUCAACCUAAAAAUCUAAUCGAUUUGCCCAA